AUGCAGAGUGGUGACGAAAUCGAAGUUGAAGAAAUUGACGGAGUCAUGCGAAACAUUCUCGAGCAAGUCAAAUUGCCUGCAGUGGCGUUUCCAGUCCUGGAUCUCGUUCCGGACAUUUUUGCGCCUUGGAAGAAGAGGGCCCGGGGGUUGUUCGAGUCACAGCGAAGAAUAUUCAUGGCCAACCUGGAUUCAGCUCUUUGCAGAACUCAUUGGAGUUGGAGUAAGAGUGUCCUGAAUGCGAAGUCUGCCAAAGAUUGUGAUAUGGCCGAGCUUGCCUAUGUGAUUGGCGUGAACUACGAGGCUGGCAGUGACACGACCGCGUUUGUAUUGGAGACAUUUGUCCUUGCCAGUCUUCUUCACAAAAAUGCCGUCACCACCGCUCAAGCUGAACUGGAUUCUGUCACUGGGCUCAGAAUGCCUGGAUGGGAUGAUCUUCCUCGUUUACCAUAUGUCAAUGCUUUUGUCAAUGAAGUGUUGAGGUGGAGACCUGUUGUUCCUGGGGGACUCCACCAUGCAGUCAUAGAGGAUGACUAUUAUCUUGGAUUCAAAAUACCCAAAGGUACGCCAAUUAUUCCAAAUCAUUGGUCUCUGGAACUUGACGAAACGUACUUUCCUGGUCCCGAGACCUUUGAGCCCAAAAGAUGGAUAGAAAAUCCCGAUCUCCCAUCAAGUGCCUUUGGAUUUGGUCGACGGAUAUGUCCUGGGAAGCCCAUGGCUCGGAACUCGUUAUCUGUGAUAGUUGCGCGCAUGUUAUGGGCUUUCCAUUUUGACCCAGUGUACGAUCAUGGGGAGAAGAAUGAGGUCGAUUCUUGGAGUAUGACACAGGGGAUCAGUUCGCGCCCGAAGCCUUUUCAGGUAUCUCUUGUCCCUCGCAGCCUGGCACAUCAGGAGGUCAUUCAGUAUCAAUGGAAGAUUUCAGAGAAGGGUGAUGAAGGCCUCAUGACACAAGUUGAAAGUGGUAUUGCUGAGAACAGGGCAGCAUAUGCAAGUCUCUGA